AGAAGAGUUUUCUAACUAUUAUUUCCCUUUCCAAUUUCCAUUGAUAGUGAUCUUCAUGGCUCGAUCUGCAUUCUUCUUGGCUUGUUUCAUCUUUGCUUUCCUCAGUUUCUCUGCGGAAGCUGAGGUGGUGAAGCACACUUUCAAAGUGAGUAAUAUUGUCGUGAGAAGGCUUUGCAAGAACAAAACUAUCACAGCAGUGAACGGCCAAUAUCCAGGCCCAACCAUCGAAGCCCAUGAGGGUGAUUCUGUGGCCAUCCAUGUCAUCAAUGAGUCCCCAUACAACAUAACCAUUCAUUGGCAUGGGAUAUUCCAGCGAAUGAGUCCAUGGGCUGAUGGGCCGAACUUCAUAACGCAAUGUCCCAUUCGGCCUGGAAAUAGCUAUACAUACAGAUUCAAUGUGAUUGGGCAGGAGGGCACGCUUUGGUGGCACGCUCAUGUGUCAGUCCUUCGGGCUACGGUCUACGGAGCACUAAUCAUUCAUCCGAGAGUUGGUGGGGUUGGUUUCCCGUUUCCCAACCCCUACAAGGAAGAAACCAUUAUUCUAGGAGAAUGGUGGAAGGCAGAUGUUGUGGGCCUUCAGAACAAAGCCCUCGCAAGCGGGGGUGCAUUCAACAUCUCCGACGCAUUCACCAUCAACGGUCGCCCAGGCGAUCUCUACCGCUGCUCUAAUAAACAUACACACAAGGUCGAGGUAGAGCAAGGCAAGACCUACCUCCUCCGCAUCAUCAACGCCGCUCUCAACUCCCAAUUCUUCUUCAAAGUCGCUAAUCACCGCCUCACCGUCGUCGGCGCCGACGCCACCUACACCACUCCCUUCUCCACCGACGUCAUCACCAUCGCCCCCGGCCAAACCAUCGACGCCCUUCUCCACGCCAACGCCCCCCCUGCUAACUAUUACAUGGCCGCCAUCGCCUACGCCAGCGCUCCCGUCUCCGUCUCCCCUUUCGACAACACCACCACCGUCGCCACCCUCACCUACAAAAACUCCCCACCUUCCUCCUCCUCUUCCCCUCCCUUAAUGCCCUCCCUCCCUGCCUUCAACGACACCCCCACCGCCCACCACUUCUACUCCAACCUCACCGCUCUCCGCCCCAACUCCGUUCCUCUCCAAAUCGACCAGCACAUGUUCAUCGCCUUCGGCCUCGGCCUCACGCCCUGCAGCGCCAACCAGCCGCUCUGCCAAGGCCGCGCCUUGUCCGCCAGCAUGAACAACAUUUCCUUCAGCUUCCCGACCGCCGUUUCGAUGCUGGAGGCGCAUUUUCGUAGGAUCCGAGGGGUGUAUACGAAGGACUUUCCGAACCGUCCACUGGUGGCUUAUGAUUUUUCGAAUCCGAGUGUUAAUAAUGUGGGAUCAUUUCAAUUGACGGAUAAGGGGACGAAGGUGAAGAGAUUGAAGUUCAACUCGACGGUGGAGAUGGUUCUGCAGAACACGGCGGUGCUGGCGGCGGAGAACCACCCGUUGCAUCUUCACGGGUAUAAUUUCUAUGUGGUGGCGCAGGGGUUCGGGAAUUACAAGAAGAAGGAGGCGGUGAAGAAGUACAAUUUGGUGAAUCCGCAGGAGAGGAAUACGAUUGCGGUGCCUGUAGGAGGCUGGGCGGUCAUCCGUUUCAGGGCUGAUAAUCCUGGUAUUUGGAUAAUGCACUGCCACUUGGAUGGGCACCUCUCGUUGGGCCUGGCGAUGGCGUUGGAGGUGGGGAACGGGCCAACGCCGUCCACGACGGUGCCGCCGCCGCCGCCAGAUUACCCCCAGUGUUGAGGUUUGCUGUGAGAAGCAAA